UUAUCAUCGGAUAUCUAUGAACGAAACAUUUGUAUUAUCUUUUAGCUAUAGAUCUGAAAUUCUAAAUUAAUUUUAACAUCAUACGAAACAAAAAAUAUCGAAAAGUUCCGUAUAAGCUAGGCUUGAGUGACAAUUUACAUUGGAAGUAAGCUGCAACAAAUAAGGGCGUCUACAUUGGAAGGUUACAAUGAACAUCCCACCGAUUCAGCAAUCAGGAGCUAUCGGAGUAGGUCAGAUGGCGCAGUCAGUGAAUACUCAAUUGCCUCAGAAUCAGCAGCAGGCGUCACAGACACAGCAGCAACAAGUGCAGCAGCAGCAGCAACAACAACAGCAGCAGCAACAACAACAACAGCAGCAGCAGCAGCAACAACAACAGCAACAGACACAAGAAAAGUUGGACAAUAUUUCUAAAGUAAAAUCUCUAGUAGGACCUUUGAGAGAAUCCUUAGCCAUAGCUCUUAAAACUGCAGCACAAACGCUGCAUCAGAACAGUCUGGUGGAUGUAGGAUCCAUGAAGGGAAUAGAUCAACCCGAUCAUCGCUUCAACAAAAAUAUGGAGGAAUUCUAUUCGAUUUGUGAUCAGAUAGAGCUACAUCUGAAGACCUCCGUGGAAUGUUUGUCUCAGAAUUCAAGUUCAGUACGGUAUCUACCGAUGUCUGUUAUACCGACACGGACCGACUCGGUCAGUGCUCCGGAAGGGCCUGCUCUGACAUAUCCACAAUUCUUGAUGACUGUGCGUGCGCAGGUGGCGUAUGCACGUGAAAUUCACGACACUCUCGUAACUCACGCUCAUGCGAUGGCAUCCGGCGAGUGAAAUUGGACUGCGAAGAAUGUUUUUCUUCAAUAAGAUAAUAUGCUAAUAGAUGUUUUGCUUCCACAGUAAGUGCGCUAUAAUUUUUUAUUGUCCUUAAUGAUGUUUAUGUUAACAAGGCUGUUAGAAAUACCUUACAUAAUAUGUAUUCUCUGUGAUAUAGAACUGUAAAGAAUAUUGAAUAAAAAUAUGCAUAAUCGAUA